CCCCAAAGCGCAAACUCCAGCCUCUCUUCUCCUCGGUGGCAGCAGGUCACACUAGAAUCUUCAAUUGGUAGGACCGGGCAGGUGAAAUCGGGACUUCCAUUCCUUCCUCCCUCCCUCUCUUUUUUUUGCUUUUCACAAGAUAUUCUCAUAGAUACUGUGCUGGGACACCCCAGGAAGCCUCUUUCCUGAAAAAGGCUGUUCUUUGGGAGGAGUUACGAGAGCAGCUCUGCUCCCCACAAGGAGUUUAAUUCUUCAUUUGGAUGGAUAAAAUGUUUAAUGGGGCAUGUUUGAAGACUUAAGUGUGAAAUCCUUGACAAGAGAGAAAUGCUGCAUUAGAGAUUGUUUUGCAGGAAAUAAGCAAGCUCUUGGCUGUGAUAUUGUAUUGCAGUCAUGGCGCCUAAGAAGAAGAAUGUCAAAAAGAACAAGACAGACAUCAAUGAGUUGACCAUCAUAGUGGAGGAUGGACCCCUCAGCAAGCUCAAUGGAUUGAAUACCUUCCUAGAAGGAGGCAACGGUUUCAGUUGUGUUUCCACAGAAGUUUCUGAUGCUUUCUAUAGUCCCAACCUCUUGGAAGGUUUGUGUAGGAUGAGACUGGAAAAUUUUCUCUGUGAUUUAAUAAUUGGUACCAAAACCAAGUCCUUUGAUGUUCACAAGGUGGUGAUGGCAUCAUGCAGUGAUUACUUCCAUAACAUCCUAAAGAAAGAUCCAUCAACUCAAAGAGUGGACCUCAAUGACGUAUCCCCACUGGGCCUAGCCACUGUGAUUGCCUAUGCCUAUACUGGAAAACUUACACUAUCCCUGUAUACUAUAGGUAGUAUUAUCUCCACAGCCAUUUAUCUUCAGAUACAUACCCUUGUGAAGAUGUGCAGUGACUUUCUGAUGCAAGAAAUCAAUGUGGAGAAUUGUAUGUAUGUUGCCAACAUUGCAGAGACAUAUGGACUGAAAACUGCUAAGGAAGCAUCACAGAAAUUCAUUAGAGACAACUUCAUUGAGUUUUCUGAAUCAGAUCAUUUCUUAAAGCUUACUUUUGAACAGAUCAACGAACUUCUUGCAGAUGAUGACUUGCAGUUGCCUUCUGAACUUAUUGCAUUCCAGAUUGCAAUGAGAUGGCUGGAAUUUGACCAAAAAAGAACUAAGUACGCUGCAGAUCUCUUGAGCAACAUUCGGUUUGGUACCAUCUCUGCCCAGGACCUGGUGAAUUAUGUUCAGACUGUACCCAGAAUGAUGUUAGAUACAGAUUGCCACAGACUUCUGGUAGAUGCCAUGAAUUACCACUUACUUCCUUACCACCAGAAUACUCUACAGUCAAGAAGAACCAGGAUUCGAGGAGGAUUACGAGUCCUAGUUACAGUUGGGGGACGUCCAGCUUUAACCGAAAAAUCCCUCAGCAGAGACAUUUUAUACAGAGAUCCCGACAAUGGAUGGAAAAGACUUACAGAGAUGCCUGCCAAAAGCUUCAACCAGUGUGUCACUGUGAUGGAUGGCUUUCUCUAUGUAGCAGGUGGUGAAGACCAGAAUGAUGCCAGAAAUCAGGCAAAGCAUGCUGUCAGCAAUUUUUGCAGGUACGAUCCUCGCUUCAGCACUUGGAUACAUCUGGCCAAUAUGAUUCAAAAGCGCACUCAUUUUAGUCUGAAUGUGUUCAACGGUCUACUUUUUGCAAUCGGUGGUCGCAAUUCUGAAGGGUGUCUCUCUUCGGUUGAAUGUUAUGUCCCUGCAAUUAACCAGUGGCAGCUGAAGUCUCCACUGGAGAUGCCCAGGUGCUGCCAUGCUAGUGCAGUAGUAGAUGGCAGGAUCUUGGUCACAGGAGGCUACAUCAAUAAUGCUUACUCCCACUCGGUUUGCAUGUAUGACCCUGCUAGUGACAACUGGCAAGACAAGGCCAGCCUUAGCACCCCGAGAGGAUGGCACUGUGCCAUUACCCUAGGGGAAAAGGUCUACGUCAUGGGAGGGUCCCAACUGGGAGGGCGAGGGGAAAGAGUUGAUGUGCUUCCUGUUGAAUGCUAUACUCCAUAUUCUGGCCAGUGGAAUUACGUUGCUCCUCUUCCAACUGGCGUGAGCACUGCUGGUGCUUCUACUCUUAAUGGAAGAAUUUACUUAGUGGGAGGCUGGAAUGAAAUAGAUAAGAAAUACAAGAAAUGUAUUCAGUGUUACAACCCCGACCUUAAUGAAUGGACCGAUGAAGAUGAGCUACCUGAAGCCACUGUAGGAGUGUCAUGCUGCACCAUUGCCAUGCCCAACACUAAGACCAGGGAAUCGAGAUCUAGCUCGGUAUCUUCAGUUCCAGUUAGUAUUUAAGUUCUUUUUUUUUUAAUUAAUCCCCCUAUGGAUUUAAAAAAGCUAGACUAAAUUUUUAAAACAUUUCUUUCCCACUAUUGGGUUGUAAUUCCUUUUAAGAAGUGUCCCUAUCAGAAGGGAUUGAGGAGAGAAACAUUAAACACUAUUGGCAUGUAUUUCAGUUUUAUAAAAUGAAAAGUGGCCAAUUUUCAUGGAAUUGAAAACACAUGGUAUGACCAAAGAAAUCUAAUACAUUUUAUGCACUACAAAUGUGCACUAUAAGACAAAGGCCUCUGAUCUAUUGAUCAUAACAGAAAAAAGUACCUUACUUCCUGUGGGACCUCUUGUUCAGAUUCUGCAGAUUAAUUUAGAAAAACUUGUUUCCAAGCAGAUGGCUCAAAGCAUGGCUGAUAAGAAGGCACCCUUCAGCUAAGUUUCUCUCCAUAGAGAGAAGGUAAAAGAUGGAACAAUAUAUCAGAAUUACAAAUAGAAGACUAAUAUUUCUAAAGUCCAUGGGCAUCUGUAGUUGGGGCAAAUGACAACAUGCUCAUCAUAAUAUCAUAGGGCAAAGGACAUGAAUUAUAUAAUUUGCAUCAAAGAUUACAACUGAGGCCAAUUACAGAAUUCACAUUAUUUGCAUGUUGACACCAGUGAUGUCAUCCUGACUUCUUACAGACAUCUCUAUUGGAAACCUCUGCAACGUUCUGUGAAUGAAACAAAAUAAUGACACUUAUCUGGAAGCAAUUAGUAUUUUAAAUAAGGAUUUAUUCCCAGGAUGCAGUGCUUUGCUUUACUAUUGUUUACUGAAUAAAUCAUAAUUGGCUGAGCUAUACAGUAAGCUAAAUCAUUGCUUACAAAGCUUAGUGGCUCAGUUCCCAUGACACGAUAAAUCACAGGCAAAUCACAUAUAGCGAGUUAUAUGAAUCCCCCUAUCAUCUAUAAGAAGGCAUGAAAAUAGAUUAACUCUAUAAAUAUGAGAACUAUAGAUAUAAGUAAAAUCUAAAACUCUUGUCAUAUUUCUGCAGUGCCUGGGGCCAUGUCGACAUUUCAGUAAAAUGUUUACAUGAAACAAUAAAUUUUACCCUGUGGUUAGGCUUAUGAAACUGUGGUUAUGCUGACCCAAGGUCUGCAAAAGGUCAGAUGAUAUGGCAUCUGAAUUUGGAAGGGAGGGAAUUUAGCUUAAGGUUUAAUUCACUUCCUUCCUAAACAGAAAGCAAGAAUAGAUGCACAGUGCAGCUGCUCCAACCAGGGACCUCCUCACACAGUUUCUUCAACUCAUGCAUGUUGUGUGGAAUAAAAUAAAGGUGCCGGAGAAAAGGUGAUGGCUUAGCUUUCUUUCACUCUAAAUGAGUCCAAUCCAUCACUUUAAAAAAAAAUUAACAUACACACACAGACACACACACACACACAUACACACAUAAGGAAAUGUCAGCCAGGUAGUUCACAGCUAAGAUGGUGGGGAUACUUGAUGACACAGAAUCAAGGUUUCUUCGUGGUACUCAAUAUCAUCUGGUAUGGCAUAUACUGUAUACAUAUAUAGUGGUUAGAAAGUUACAGUAAAGAUAUAGUACAUCAGGUUUCAUAUAUUGCACUAAACCAUUAUGUAUUUAGCUCUACAAAUCCAGCCAACUGUGCUUUAUUCAAUAAACCAUAAAUUCCAAAACAGCCAUCUAUGCAACACACAGUGUGUGAGGAUUGUCAUGUAAGCUUGUGCCUCAAGAAGUCUUUCCCUCCACUUUGCUCCUCAUAUAUCUUGUACUCCCAGCCCAAUUCUGUUCCAAAAAACAUCUAUAACUCUCCGGAAAACAGUCUGAGGAUGCAUUAAAAGGAAUGAGUUGCUUCCCACCAUUUCAUAAAGAAAUGCUGUUCAUGAAAGGUCUUAAAUGUGCCUAUCCAAAAUUUCUGUUGACCUUAAUAUUUCUGAAUUGUAUUCUGAUAGUUUCAUUUCUCUAAUGCCUCUUUAAAAAUAAGCACCAUUGGGCUUAAGGGAGCUUCUUUUUAAACAAGCAUACAUAAAAUUGCAGAUUUGAUUGAGUUUAAUGGUCUUUACUUCCAGGUAAGUGUGCACUUAAAUUUGUCUUGAUCAUACCAUGUAAGAUUUUUUUUAAUGGCAAACAAUUGCUUCAUAUUUGACCCAUAACAAAAAAAUGUUUAUAUAUUGUUUUUUAAAUCAUUGUCCUCCCUAUCAUAGUGGUUCUCAAUCUGUGGUCAGCGGACUCCUGGCGGGGGCACGAUGUUGUCACAGGGGUCCAUGGAGGGUUGGAGAAAUUUUAUGAUUUAAAUCUUGAGUUAAAUCUUGGAGGUCAGUGGCCACGGUCUGAGGCCACAAAAGGUAUUUAAAAGGGGUCUGUGGUGGAGAAAAGGUUGAGAACCACGGUCUAAUAUAUUUCUCUCAUGAUUUACUACAAGUAAGUUGAAAUUUGGAAAAUUAUUUGGUCCAAUAAGUUAAUAGCAUUGUUUAGAAUAUCUGACAGGGAUCCAAAAUCUUCAUGUUAAUUUAUCAAUGCUUUCACUUGAAUUGCUUAUAUAACAUAGUAUGGAAGAAGAAGAAGAAGAAUGAAGAUACAACUAAAUUAGUCUGAAAGGUGUGCUGUUACUGUUGUUGUUUGAUACUUGAAUGGCCCUGUCAGUGUGUGUCUGUCAAAGUUUAAACCAAUGAUGUAAAAAUAGGAACAAUUUCUAUUUCUUUACGAGCUGCAAAAGCAGAAUAACCCAAUUUGUUUGGGACUUUAUUUAUAUUUGUGGGCAGGGACUGGGUGGGAAGAAACAAGAUAAACCAGAAGUUCAUAUACAUCUAGGUAGGCACAAAUGUUAUCAGCCGUAAGUAAAACAAAAAACACAGGUGUUGCUAGACUAGACACUUGAUCUGAACUGAUUCCAGCAAGGUACCACUUAAUGAAGCAAUAAUCCCACAGUUAGCAGGUAUCAUCUAUGGCCCUACGAUUCCUGAUGCUACUGGCCAGGACCAGUUUUUUCAAAGUCUAAUUAGAGCUGGGGCAUGCCAUAUCUUGUGAAUAAUUGCAAUGGCACCUGCCUAGAACUCCCAAGUGAUGUACCACUGAUAUUCAUUGAUAGUAAGAUUCAUUAUCAAUCGCCACAUUUAAGAAAGAAACAAUUACAUGAAAGAGUAAUUCUCUACCCCCGGACAGGAAAGCAUACUGAGCAUACUAGCAUUAUGCAAAAGGGUAACAGGCUAGAGGCUUGCUUCAUAUCAUAUCUCUGACAAGAAUAUAUAUUUAUGAUCCAUAUCUAUUGUAUCUUAUGUAUGUGCCCUUUUUAUUGUGAUUUGAUCAGGGGAUUGUAAAACAAAAACCUUACCAACUGCUCCUGAUUAAUGUAGUGUAUGUGUAUAGGUCCCACAAUCGUAGUCCCCCUUACCCACCCUGUUUUGAAGGGUAAUGGUAAUCUAUUUUUUAAAUGCAUAAUAUGAGCAUAACAUUCUCUUUUUCAAUAUUAUAUGGAACACCAACGGAAAGGGUCGAGUUUCAAGAUUUUGCAUUACUCAGCUCUCUUGAAUACAUGUGCAAGAUUCUCAGUAUGAAAACUAGGAGUAGUAAAAGAAGAGAAUAGUUUUUAUACUUUAGUCUUAUAUUUUAAUGUGGUCAUUUUUACUACUUUGUUACUGUAACAUUUCUCAAUCCAGUUCUGUAUAAGCCUGAUCUGUAUAGGUGUGUCUUCAAGUCAGUGUUGACUCUGGGCAACUGCCUGGACAGAUACUGGCAGUUUUCUUACAAAGUUUUCUGGAGCAGAGGUCUCCAACCUUGGCAACUUUAAGACUUGUGGGACUUCAAAUCCCAGGGAGCUGAAGUCCACAAGUCUUAAAGUUGCCAAGAUUGGAGAGCCCUGUUCUGGAGCGUUCUGCCACUUCCUACUUCCCAGGGCUGAGAGGGAGUGACUGACCCAGGGUCACCCAGCUGGCCGUGUGCCAAAGCUGAACUAGAAUUCACAGGUUUCCAAUUUUUAGCCUGAUGCCACUUGGUGCCUUAACCACUACCCCAAACUGGCUCUCAGAUAUACUGAUACAGUAUAUUCACCAGAUAUCUCUUGCAUAACACCAGGUUUGUGUUUGCUGGAAAGCCAGUACAAAGAAAAUGAAACACUUGGAAGAUGUAAUAUUGACAGUAACAAUUUCUAUAUAUGACAAGAUGUCCGCUUCAAUUCAAUUAAUUGCUUCACAUAGGUUUCAGUUGCAGUUACAAAACAUGAGGGUAACAUGAGAUUAAUUGGAACACCAUAAUCUAGCCAGUUCUGACAUAAUGAAAACAUUUUUAAUAUGAAGCAUUAACUGACAUGUAGAAUUCAUUGUAACAAAAUGUGGCAAUGAGUAUUGGCUUGGAGAUUUUCAAAAGGGGAUUAGCCAGAUUCAGGGAGCAGAGAGAUUUGUUAACCACAACAGCAGUGGAAAACUUCAAUAUUUAGUGACACUAAUUAUCAGUUGUUAAAAUAUGGAAAACGUUUACCUUCAAGUCCUUAUGUGGGCUCCAAAGGGCCUUUUGCCACUAUGGAUGGUAUCUGAUUGGCUGAACUCUUAUUUUCUUAGACUGCAUUGUUUUUAUGAGUCCUAGAUACCAAGAGUUCCUUUAAAAGUCAUCGAAGCAUCCUUAAGUAACUCUUGGAAAAUGUUUUGAUGAAGUUUCCAAAUGCACCAAGAAAAGAGCAAUCUAGUGCUCUCUAGUUUUACAAAGGUGCAUUCAAUCCCUCUCCUUAUUCUCUCAAAUAAGUCAAACAUUCAACUUUGGGGUCUUAUGAAAGGUUGAACUUGCAUUUGCUUUGAAGACAAGCAUAGUUUCCCGGUUGUAUAGAGAACUGUACUUCAGUUCAGUUCAGCUAAUUGAAAAUGGAACCUUUUCUCAGAUUUUCCAGCUGAACAUAUGGAAGUUGCAUGCCCAGGUGCAUAAUCCCAUUUUCUAGCUACUUUCAAGCUCUUAUGCAUUCAGGCAAACACGUGAAGAGCUUUUCUAAAUCACCGGCUUUAGGAAUUUUGUACUACUUCUAUAGCAAUCCAUGUGUGAUUGCAGCUUUGAGUAAUCCCGUUGAUUUCAACAGGAAUUAUACAUAUUGCACAAUUUCUUACUUGAGAACUAGAAAUCUCCAAAUUUAUGGUUUCCUAGCAAAAUAUUUCCAGGUGAAGGCACUGGAACUAAUGUUAAUGAAACCAUUUAAAAUAUUGCAGAUAUGCAGAAACAUCACACUUUUUGCUAAGGGUUAUUAUAAUUAGAGCUGUGCAGACUUUUGCAUUUAAUUCCAAAGAGCUGUUACAAGUGAGUUUGCAAUUGGAGCAGUUACCAGCAAUUCUAAAGCAGUUGUGUUUUUCUCCCAAAUCCACUGCAGAGAACAGAAGCAUGACCCUGGGAAAAGAUAUCUGUUUCUGCAGAUAGACACUACAUUAUUCAAAACACCUCUUCUAAUAUAUAUUACUUCUGGCACAAGUUCUCAACACUUAUUACUAACUCAUCUGUGCUACUACCGGAAGCCCGACUUAUAGAAACUGGGCAAGUUAAGCUUUUCCAGAUAUGAAGAAUGAGGUUGUCGCUUUAAAGCAGGGGUGUCAAACCCCUGGGCUGGAUGUGUCACGCGCUAGUCAUGCCCACCCCUGGUUUAGCAAAGGAGAAAAAAAGUUGUGAUACGUCACGUGACAAUGACAUGGCGACCCAAGUUUGACACCCCUGGUUUAAAGGCAGGGAAUGAAAUGGGUUUCCGUCUGUUAAUUUGUAUAUAAUAGGAAGCAGCUAAUCAGCAUACAGAAGAUAGUAGGCUUUACACCAGGAAUAGAUCAUAGGCUGACUUUAGCUUGCAUUUUUGCUUCCAGUGAUAUAAAAGUGUUCAGUACUGUAACUGCAAUUAUGUAAGUUGCUCAUCCCUGCCUUAAUAACUUAGAAGCUUCAUACUAUUGAAAGAAGGUAAUAAAUACUGAAAAUAAACAGGAAUUACAAGACAAUGUAAUAAUAUUCACAUGAUUAUAUCCCUCAAGUCUUGAAUGAACACAGAAAAAUGAAUAUCAGGUAAAGGUACAUGUUAUGUGAUAACAGAAAGAGAAAAAAGUAAUUGUUACUGGAAAUUGAAAAUUAUGCUAAUAAACUUACUGAGGAUUCC